AAACAAAUACACUUAACUUUUCUAACAAUAACAUAAACAAAAUGUUCAAAUUGUUCGUUUUCACUGCUCUCUUUGCUUUGGCCGCUGCCCGUCCUGGCUACUUGGCUUCUUCUUCUCCCGUUGUCUACUCUUCUCAUUAUGUACAACCCGUCCAUUAUUCCGUACCUGUCGUUAAGACUGUUGUCCACAAGACUGUUGUACCCGUAGUCCACACACAAGUUGUAAAGACUGUUGUUUCUACCCCCGUUGUACAUGCUGCUCCCGUUGUGCAUGCUGCUCCCGUUGUACAUGCUUCUCCCUUGUACCACUCGGUACCCGUUGUGUCAAGUUAUGCUCCCGCUUAUGGUGCCUGGAAGAAAUAGACUCUAGUAUAAAUUAUUAAUUUUUAAGGAAUUGAUAAAAAUGAACUGAUUUUAUUUAAAUU